AUGUGCGGCCGCGGAAUUCUCUUCCUCGCCGCGGCCACCGCCGGCGGUUCGAUGGCGCCCACGUCGCGGCGGGCCGUGGCCCAAACCGCGACGGACCAGUCGGCGGGCGUGUCUCGCCAGGCCGACGAGCGGAGGCCCGAGAAGGCAUCCGACGCCAUGAACGCCUUCACCGUCGCCUGUGCGGGCACCUUCAGCGCCGUCUACUUCCUGCCGUCGGUGCCGCUGUUCUGGCCAUAUGUUCUGAUGGCGGUUCAGAUGGUGGCCGAACUGCUGCUGCAGCCCGACAUGGCCUCGGUGAUGCGCGUCCACCACCUCGCCAACCUCGGCGUGACGCUCCUCUAUCUCGCUUGGCCAACCUUCGACCCGAUCAUCCGCGAGGGACUGGCGGUCGAG